AUGGAAUUUUCAUUGGAUUUUCCUAGAAUUCUCAUCAUUAUCGUAAUGAUGAUGACGAGUGAUGAUCUGUCCCUGGUACGGGUACGAACAGCAGUCAAUAAACAAAGAGAUAUGAAGAGUACAGCCGGGGACAGUUGUAUAAGUUUCAAAAGUAUUUUUAUGCGUAGAAGCUUCUUUUACAACAAAGUUUUUCUCCAAGUGAACGAUUAUGAGCCUGUUGAACUCGCUUCGCAGUCGCAGCUUCAUAGCAGAAUGAAUAGACAAAGAUUUGCGGUGUUUACUCGAAGUUUUAUUGGAUUUGCUUAA